AUGAGCCACAAAAACUCGACUGCAACUACCAGCGCUGGUGCACCCAUUCCUCUUCACGGCCUGACAGCAUCUGCUACUGCUGGGCCACGAGGCCCCUUGGUGCUCCAAGAUGUCGCCUUCAUUGACCACAUGGCGCACUUUGAUCGCGAACGGAUUCCAGAGCGCGUUGUGCAUGCUAAAGGUGGUGGUGCUUUUGGUUACUUUGAAGUGACGCACUCAGAGAUUACGCAGUAUUGUAGUGCCAAACUCUUUGAUCGCGUUGGAAAACGCACGUCCGUGGCAGCUCGUUUCUCGACCGUUGGCGGUGAACAAGGCAGCGCUGAUACUGUGCGCGACCCACGCGGAUUUGCUCUCAAAUUUUAUACGGAAGAGGGAAAUUGGGACUUAGUGGGAAAUAAUACGCCCGUCUUUUUCAUUCGUGACGCUAUGCUCUUUCCGAGUUUCAUCCACACGCAAAAGCGUCUACCAACCACUCACCUGAAAGACGACGAUAUGAUGUGGGACUUUUUCUCCCUUCGUCCUGAGACACUGCAUCAGCAAACGAUCCUUUUUUCAGACCGUGGUACACCUGACGGUUUCCGCUUUAUGAAUGGUUACGGCAGCCAUACGUUCGCUAAUGUAAACGCUAAAGGUGAGAUGGUGUAUGUCAAAUACCAUUUUAAAACGGAUCAGGGGAUUCGCAACUUGUCGGUGGACAAAGCAGCGGAACUUGCUGGCUCGGAUCCAGAUUACGCUAUUCGUGACUUAUACGAGGCAAUUGCAAACAAACAAUACCCGUCGUGGACGCUUUAUAUUCAAGUUAUGACACGAGAUCAGGCUGUAAAAGAGACUGUGAACCCAUUUGACGUGACGAAAGUUUGGUCGCAUAAAGCGUACCCACUUAUUGAAGUCGGUCGCUUGGUCCUCAACCGUAAUCCGACCAAUUAUUUUGCUGAAAUUGAGCAACUUGCCUUUAAUCCGGCUAAUCUGGUUCCUGGGAUUGAGCCAUCACCCGACAAGAUGUUACAAGGUCGUCUCUUUUCCUAUUCAGAUACCCAACGUUAUCGUCUGGGUGUGAAUUAUAAUCAGAUACCAGUAAAUCGCCCUUUGGUAGAGCCUCAGACGUACCAACGCGAUGGCUUUAUGACGGUGAUUGGAAAUAUGCAUGAUGCACCUAAUUACUACCCAAAUAGCAAGAAUGGCCCAUCUGAAGAUACGACGCGACGUUAUUGCACGCACGAGAGCGACAAUACCAUUGUGGACAAGUUUUCAACCUACGAUGACGACAACUAUUCACAGGUUGGCGAGCUCUACCGCAAGACUUUGAACACUGCAGCUCGUGAACGUUUGACUGAAAAUAUUGCCGGGUCACUCGCCAAUGCAUCGCAGGAUGUGCAAGUCCGUGCGAUUGCGAACUUCACCAAAUGUGAUCCCGAGUAUGGACAACGUGUACAGGAAAAAAUUGAUAAAUUGGCUUCGCAGAAAAAGCCAAUUGAGUCCGAGUCGAUGCCAGACCCAUCCAAGUUGAACCCGCCGCGUAAACCAUUCACACCGGCGCCUCCGUCGGAUAUUUUAGUAGCAAAUCGUUUUCGAUGUGUUAGAAGUCCUAAAUCUACUAAUUCUAACCGGCACGUGAACAGCUUAGCGUCUCAAUUUCCAGUCAUGUCGGAUCCCGCACACCGCCGCACUAUUUCAGAGCUCGACAUGAGUUCGAUGCGCCGUAUUAGCGACGCGCUACUUCUAGCGCAAAAUCGUGCACGUCGUGCAACCGAACGCGCAAAUCAAGCCGAACACAUACUGAACCUCGUGCUUAGCCAAGUAAAUGUACGAAGACUUCGCGUUGGUUCAUUGUCUGAUUUAGAGCUGCUACGCGGUAUUGUGGCCUCUGAUCCCCUGCUCAAUCGAAGAUCCAAUAAUAUGCUGAAACUUCACGACGCAACAAACGUGUUUUUUGGGACUGCGACUUCUCAAUGCUUAAACGAUGUGUCUAAGGAAGUAGUGAGUAAUUUGAAGGCUGCUAUGAACUUUCACAAACGCUACGUGAAACAAGUGGAGCCCUUGACGAUUCCGCUGUCUAUGAUUAGUUACAUGGAUGGAGUGUUUUUGAAUUCUGUCUUUUGUGUGGCUGGAUUUUUGGCAGGAGUCUUUAUGGGCAUUGCAUUAACCAAACAUUGGCAGCUUCGAGGUAUAUACACACAAAAGAAGAAAUGCUCACUUAUCGGAAAACUAGUUAAGUGGCACAGUUGUCGACAGCGAGUCGUCAAUACGCCGUGGCAUUUGAUUCCAGUAACUACAGACGAUUACAACUACAUUAUGAAUCCAAUAAUUGAGGUCGAGUGA